AAUACGAAAGAAAUAUAAUUAGAGUGUUGCUAUUCCGUCAUAUGAUCGAACGAAACAUACUGUGGAUUAUCAUUAUUUUAGUUCAAGCAACGACGUAGAUGGGAUAACUUCGACAAAGUGCAGAGUACUAGAUCUAGAUAGAUUACUAUAGACAAAGACUAGAUCUAGAAAUCUAGAUUCUAGAUCUACUUUCAAAGACGUUUUCUCAGAGACAGAGACGCUGUGUAACCAGUAGUAGCGGAAGCAUGAAAGGCCAAUAUCUGGAUGUUAGUUUUGUUGUACAGUAUCAUAGCCCUAAUAUUAUGACGCCAAGUAUAACAAUUUUACAAACUUAACAAAGCCAUAUACAUCACCAAGAAGGCGACGGAGGAGGACAAAAAGAAAAACUACAAGGAAGCGCUGAGCUGCUACAAGAUUGCUGUGCAGUACUUUAUGCACGCCAUAAAGUAUGAAGCUUCAAGUGAAUCAGCCAAGGAAAGCAUUCGUUCAAAGUGCACAGAUUAUCUAAAAAGAGCAGAGAGAAUUCAGAGUUACCUGGACUGUAAAUCCAAAAGCAAAACGGCCGUCCCCAGCAGUUGUUCACAAGCAGAAUCGUCUGAUGCCGCCAAAGAUGCCGGAGAACCUAAGGAUGUUCCAGGAGGAACUCCUGAAAGGGCUGCACCCAAUGAUAACACAUACAAUGAUGACAAAGAGUUUUCCAAGUAUGAAGCCCAGAUAUCAGGAGCUAUCAUGAUGAUCCGGCCUAAUGUCAAAUGGUCAGAUAUUGCUGGUCUGGAGAAAGCGAAAGCAUCUUUGAAAGAAACAGUUAUUCUUCCUGUUAAAUUUCCUCAGUUGUUCACAGGUCAAAGAAAGCCCUACAAAGCUAUUCUUCUAUUUGGACCUCCAGGAACUGGGAAGUCCAAUUUGGCACAGGCCGUGGCAACCGAGGCCAACAACUCCACUUUUUUCUCCAUCUCAUCUGCCGAUAUAAUGUCAAAAUAUGUUGGAGAGAGUGAAAGGUUAGUGAAAUCACUGUUUCAAAUGGCCCGCAAGCACAAACCGAGUAUCAUCUUUGUCGAUGAAGUGGAUGCCCUGUGUGGGUCUCGGAAUGACAACGAAUCUGAGUCGGCUCGGAGAGUCAAGACGGAAUUCUUGGUCCAGAUGCAAGGUGUGGGUCACAACAACGACGGCAUUUUGGUCCUCGGGGCGACAAACAUUCCCUGGUCUCUGGACUCGGCUAUACGUAGAAGAUUUGAGAAAAGGAUUUAUAUCCCCCUCCCUGAGGCUGUACCGAGAGCUGACAUGUUCCAGAUACAUCUCGGAACAACACCUAACUCACUGAAAGACAAAGACUUUCAGAAGCUGGGGAAAAUUACUAAAGGGUACUCAGGUGCGGACAUUUGCACUGUGGUGAGAGAAGCUCUGAUGGAGCCAGUGAGGCGAGUACAGGAGGCCACGCAUUUCAAGAAAGUGACGGGGCCCUCACGGGAAAAUCCUGAAGUUACUGAUUCUGACCUUCUGACCCCUUGCUCAAGUUCUUCCAGGGGAGCAUUAGAAAUGAGCUGGGUGGAUGUGCCCACGGAGAAACUUCUAGAACCACAAGUAACAAUGGAGGACAUGUUGGCUGCUGUGGGGAACACGAAGCCAUCUGUCAACAGCCAGGACCUCAGCAACCUGGAAAAGUUUGCAGAUGACUUUGGAGUGAAGGGCUGAAAGAUGGGAAUAUUUAUUUUUGAAGAUUGUACGGCGAUAUUCCUUUCACUACUUUGUUGUCAUGAUACAUUCACUAUUCUACUUAUUCAUUAACUCACUUGAGCCUAUUGCCGUGUAUUUACAGGUUGCUCUGCCAGCCCAGUGGCCGAAUCCCAUGUAUUUAUGGGGUGCGCUUUAUCGAUCAAUGUCUCCGAUGUUUUCCGGUUACAAAAAAAGACUGAUUCAUUCAAAUGCAGGCCUGUGUCAUCUCAAUUGUUUGCCAAAAAGUUGUGUUGCAGUGUAGAGCUAGCAUACGGCAACUUUUGAUUCCAUAGACGAGCUCACAAUUCAUUAUGCAGAUCGACGUCAAGACUAACUUAUCAUUGUAAUAUUGAUCAGUUGCCUGGUGGAAAAAAGACUGACAUGUUUGUAUCUGCGACGUUCCACGCUCGCACCGAUGAUGCCCACCCGGACACGCACACACAGUCACACAUGUGCAGGCCGCCUAUCCGGCCCUAGCAAAUGUUAGAGUAGGCUCGUGGGCUUGCCAACUACGCAUGUGUUGGUAUGAAAGAAGGCCAUUGAUUGGUCGCAUGCAAUCGGCUAAGUGAGUAAUGGUUCACGAUGGGAACAGAUAAAGUUCGUUGUGGGAGAAAAAUUAGUGAAGCCACGUCUGUGGGGCCUGUUCACACUGGAAACGACCUCGCUGAAUACGAGCUUGCAGAUUUAAGUGUUCGUUAAAUCCAAGUUAUUAUCAUUGAUUUUAAAGAAGAAAAAAA